AUGAGCGCCGAGGAACUGGGCGCCGCGUCGGCGAGCGCGCCGCAGCCGCAGCGUAUCCUUGGGUCCAAGAAAGGGUACUACAAGGUAUCUUUUGUGCCGCGGCGUGACUCGCGAGCGAGUGCUCCGCCGUCGGACGUAAUUCCCGAGCCCGAAUGGAUGCCCAAAGAUCAGGUGCCCGCCGAUCUCGUCGCGACUUGGCGUGCGCUGCGUACCGAACGCGCUUCGUUCAAGGAGGAGAUCCAAAAAGAGGCGCAGAAACGCAUUGAUGAAGAUAUACUUGCGACAGAGGCCCUCGACGAAGGGCCUCAGCCGGUGGAGGCGCCAGAAGGCGUAGCAGACGAAACGGCCAAUGUGCCGCCCGCCGGAGAGAGCGUCGACGUGUCUAUGUCUGAUACGCGCGAUGCGGACGUUUCGGCUGUGUCUGCGUUGAUGGAGCAGCCCGAGUCCAACAAUGAUGGGGCGGUCGAUGCUUCCAACAUACCCCGUGAGGACGACACCGCGCCCCCCGGCCCUCAGGAGCACCAGACGCCCCGCAAAGAAGGCAUAUUGACUUCGGCAGUCGCCGCAAUCCGUGCGCGUUUCCACCCUACGUCGUCUCCGUCGGAGCAGCAAGGCAGAGAGUCUGGAUCUGCGCCGCCUUCCGAGUCCGCGCCGUCCCGGCGUGUGCGUCGCCCGGUGGAUGGCGGCUCCGAGUUCCGCCCUCAAGGCGACUCGAUCGAGAGCGUGACGCAAGACGCCCAGGCCUUUAUCCAGCGCCUCUUGCACGAAAAAGAUCAGAUGCGCGAAGAGCUUGGUUUUGUACGCAAACUCUACCAAGAAGCCUCGUCGAGCGCCGUCGACAAUACCACGCAGCUCGAAGAGGCCCGCAAAGAAAUCGUCAUGCUUAAAGGCCAGCUCAAAGACGGACUUGCUCUGCAGCAGCAGUUUGUCCAGGCACAGAAGCAGCAGUGGGAGGACGAGGCGGCGCAGCUGCGUGCGCAACUCGCCCUUUUCCAAGGGCAGCAAGCACGCACCGAUGCCGAAAUACGCCGCAAGGCGGCCGAGUGGGACAUGCACCUGGAGCGCGAGCGUAUCGAGGCCGAGCAGCGCGCAAAGGCCUGGGCGAAAUGGGACGAGCGGAGAAAGCGCGAUGGACUUUUUUAUGCAGGCGAAGCACAGCCUGCUGAGGCGCUGGCCGCUCUCGAGCCCAUUGUUUCCGCACCUGCUCCUGUCUCUUCUAUUCCUAUCCCUGAUACCAUUACCGACGAGCUUGCAGAGCUCGCGGCCGAGGCCCAAGAGGCGGGCCUCGAGGAUACGCUGCCCCAGCCACGAUCGCGCCGCCGCCGCGCGCGCCCUGACCCAGAGGAUCCUUCAAAGCGGCCGCGGGUCGAAGACAAUGUACCGACGCCGCCUGCCGCGGUCUCGGAGCCGCUGGUAACUGAUCCGAUCACUACGGUGUCUACCGAGGUGCCAAUGCCGCCCUUCCCUUAG